AUGACGGAGUUGUCACGAGAAAUUGGUGAAAUCUGGUCAAGACUAUUUGAUCAUAGACCGUUCUUGAAUGGAGAAAUAAAGUUCAUGUUAAAAGAAUUUGAGGAGAAACGUGGUGAUAGGGAAGUAGAAAACUUAUUCAGUAUUCUUGAAGAUAUAACAGAGAUCAAGGACACUCAAGUAGACAAAAUAUCUAGAAUUUCCACAACAGGUUUACCGGUAUUAAAGGAAAAAUUGCAACAAGCUCUAGAUUUGACAGAAAUUAUUGAUAAAGAUUACAAAGAAAUUGAAAAGGAGUCAGAGAAAAAGAGAUUAGAAAACAAGGAGAAGAGAAAAGAAGAAUGGGAUCAAUUUAUUGAUGACAUGAACUUUAGAUGCAAGAGAAUUGAUAAUACAUUUGAAGAAAAAGAGGAAGAACUUCGUUCUCUUGUUGAUACCAAUGUUAGAAUUUAUCCUUCCAAAAUCUUGACUGACUUUCUAAAGACCAUACCAGUUUCCAAAGAGGUUCCCUCAAAUAUCCUAAAUAUCAUAAAGGAUCAUAAUAAACCUGGAAGAAUAACUAAUGAAGUAGUGGAUUCAAAUGUUAUUCAACUAUUUGAUUCAGAUUUUGAAACAAUAAAUAAGGUAAAAAGCAGUUUACAAUGUAAUGAGGUGGCCAAUAAGGAGGAGAGCACAGAUAAAAAUGAAGAAACAUUGUCUGAUGAUAUCAAAGAAAAAAAAAUCUUAGAAAAUACAAAAUUACAAUAUAUAGAAGAUGUUGAUAAACCUUACUUGACUACCAUAGAUUUGGACUGGCUCUACAUUUACUUAAAAAACAAGCGUACUCAAGAAAAAUCCCUUCCCUAUUUACAUGAAUUGUUGGAAGGAGCGGAAUUAAAAAUGCCAAAUAACAUUAUACACAAAAGGAACCCUGAUUUAGAAGCAAGGUGUGUUAAACUUAGGGCUCAGCAAGAAGCAAGAGAGUAUAGAAAGAUGACAAAAGGUGUAGACAAUGUUAGAAUACACUAUCCAGAAGACAGUAUUGCAUAUCAAAUGAAACAACUGAAUCGCCACUUGAUAGCUAUUGGUCAAUUUUUAUUAUCAAUAUUUGCUGGCUUCUUAUUUGGAUUCCGUGGUGUAGAAUGGAUGGUUGGCAACUUAGAUUUUGGAUUUAGACUAUUGCUUGGUGUCAUGUGCGCCCUCAUAAUAGCCUUAGCAGAAAUAUACUUCCUUGCAAAAAAGAUAAAUGAAGAGUUGUCCGUCCCAGAAACUGUACAACUUGGAGGACCUGUGAAAUUUGUUAAUGACACUACUUACGUUAAAGAUAAUACAAAAAAAGCAAUUGAGAAAGAACAUCAAGAUUAA